AUAGUCUGUGAAUACGCACUACACUGUCCUUACGGCUUACAUUCAGUCGUUCACUCAAUCAGAUAAGUACUGUCGUCGUAUUUCGUCCGAAUAUUGUCAUUCUGUCAAAUUACGUACUACGAGGCGCUACGUUCGUCUCGAGCUCAACUCGAUUCACGAUCGAUGAUGUUUUUGUUGUUAUUAUAGACAAUAAAAACAUCGUUCCGACCGUUCAAUUUAUACUGAGGUUAGACUAUUGCGACUACGUGAAAUAAUUGGGCAAUAUCGCUCGCUUUGGAUUGUUGACGAAAUUCGCGAAAUAGAAGCAGAGUAACAGAGUUAACGGGAGAUGUAGUGUUGUGCCGAAUGAAGUGUAAUGUGUGAUUCGUGUGAUCCUCGUGUAAUCUUAAGUUUCGUUUUUAUUUUGUGAUAACACCGUGUGAUAAAAUGGGUACCACGGGACUGACGCUGGCAGAUUUGCCGAAUAUAUUUAUUAUGAUAGGCGCCCUCGUUGCGCUUUUUGUUAUGCUAGUCAUACUUCUCAGGAACAUGGAAGUAAUAGGUAUAGUCGGUGAGGGCAGAGAAGACACAUGGCCGAGAGCCAUGCAGCCUCCCAGGCUGUUGAUGCAACGUGUCCAUAUACCGUUCACAUUUAAGUUACAAGAAAAUGAGCCAAUAGGCUACAGUGGAGUGAGAUGCUGUGUCUCCUCAACGGUGCGGUACUGGCACGCGAGCUGGUGGGGCGCGCCGGUCAGUGACUUGCAUCAGACGCUCUGGGGCACGCUCCCGGAAAUUCUUGCGUCUAGACAUUUGAACUUCACGAGAAGCAGUUCUCACGACGAGAAAGAAAUGAAGUUAUCAUCGGAGCCCCUACAGUUAGGUCCCCCGCCUCGAUCCCGCUACCCGCUGGUCGUGAUCCUAGCCCGCGACCAGCGAGACACAGCGGAGCUCAGGCCGGAUGACACGGUAGCGCUGGUAACGGUCGUCCACAUCCGAGACGAUCAGUGUCCGCUGCCCAGCGGCAUCAUAGCGCAGUACUUGAAGCAAGCGAACGGACACUUGUCCUGUCUGAAGCAACUGUACGUGUCGGGCGAGGCGGGCGAGGGCGAGGGCGAGGGCGAGGCGGGCGGCGGGUACGCGCGCGAGGCGCUGUGCUGCGUGUGCGCCGCCGCGCCGCUGUCGCGCGCGCUGCUGCCGUGCCGCCACGCCUGUCUGUGCGCGCGCUGCCUGCCUAAACUGGACAAGUGCCCGAUUUGCCGCAGCGUAAUAACGAGCUACUUCUGCAUCAGAAACGAAGAGGAGCCUCUUUCAGAACUAAAACAGAACUUUCCCCUCAACAGACGCCUUCUCAAUCUAUUCCACUACCACUAGUAGUAAGUGCAAGUAAAAUUUUAUGAAACGUCUAAUCUUCCAAAGGUUUGUCUGGUUUUUGUUCGAAGGCAAAUGAAAGCGGCAAAGUAAUAAUUUAUUUACAAUAUUCACUACAGUAUUCACAGGUAAUAUGAUUUUUAGCGAAGAAGUACAAAUAAACGGCAGACGGCAUUUACGGCAGAGAAAAAUACAAACUCACAUGGAGAGUUGAAUUAGACGAUUAUUCUGAAACAUUUAAUGUUGUAAAUUAAUCAGAGUAACGAUUGUUUGUAAAGAUACGGUUAAAACUUUGGUUGAC